UGGGUAUAAAAACGGAGACAUUGGGGGGGGUUUGGAGCAGAGCGGUUUGGUCGUUCGUCGGAGUAGUUUCUUUGUUUUCAUCUGCGACUGCGGCUCUCCGUUGGGCGGCAGAAGCGGCGCGGCAGCAGGAUAAGCGGCCUAAGACUUCGGCGUUGGGUGAAAGAAAAUGGCCCGAACCAAGCAGACUGCUCGUAAAUCCACUGGUGGGAAAGCGCCCCGCAAACAGCUGGCUACCAAAGCUGCCAGGAAAAGCGCUCCCUCUACCGGCGGGGUGAAAAAGCCUCAUCGCUACAGGCCCGGGACCGUUGCGCUUCGAGAAAUCCGUCGUUACCAGAAAUCGACCGAGCUUCUGAUCCGGAAGCUGCCUUUCCAGAGAUUGGUGAGGGAGAUCGCCCAGGAUUUCAAAACGGACUUGAGGUUUCAGAGUGCCGCCAUCGGUGCGCUUCAGGAAGCUAGCGAAGCGUACCUGGUGGGUUUAUUUGAAGAUACUAACCUGUGUGCCAUCCACGCUAAGAGAGUCACCAUCAUGCCCAAAGACAUCCAGUUGGCUCGCCGGAUACGGGGGGAGAGAGCUUAAGUGAAGGCAGUUUUUACGGUGUUUUGUAGUAAAUUCUGUAAAAUACUUUGGUUUAAUUUGUGACUUUUUUUGUAAGAAAUUGUUUAUAAUAUGUUGCAUUUGUACUUAAGUCAUUCCAUCUUUCACUCAGGAUGAAUGCGAAAAGUGACUGUUCACAGACCUCAGUGAUGUGAGCGCUGUUGCUCAGGAGUGACAAGUUGCUGAUAUGCAGAAGGGAUGGGUGAUACUUCUUGCUUCUCAUGAUGCAUGUUUCUGUAUGUUAAUGACUUGUUGGGUAGAUAUUAAGGUACUAGAAUUGAUAAAUGUGUACAGGGUCCUUUUGCAAUAAAACUGGUUAUGACUUGAUCCAAGUGUUUUAACAAUUGGGGCUGUUAAGUCUGACCAUGCAUCACUGUGAUAGAAUGUGGGCUUUUUCAAGGGUGAAGAUACAAGUCUUAACCACAGUGUAACUUACAGUUUCCUUAAAAAAAAAAAAAAAAAGUAAACCUGGCAGCUAUAGAAUACACUAUGUGCAUUUAUAAUAGCUAUUUUAUAUAUUGUAGUGUCAACAUUUUUAAAUUAAAUGUUUUACAUUCACA